AUGACCUCGCAACACCAGCUGGUUUCUGGCAUGGGAACACCCGCCUUGUGUUUCGUGCCAAGCAUUUGUUCCCUGUAUGUAGUCAAAGGAGGAGAAGGAGAAGACAGUUCUGCUGGCCAGGAAGAAGCCAUGGCUGCCGUGUUCCUCCCAGGGAACCUUCAAGAUGAAGCCACUUGCUCCGUCUGCCUGGAGUAUUUCAAAGACCCAGUGUCCAUCGAGUGUGGGCAUAACUUCUGCCGAGCUUGCAUCACUAAGAGCUGGAAGAGCAUGGACAGAGAUUUCCCCUGUCCUCAGUGCAGGGAAAUUACCCAGUGCAGGAACUUCAGACCCAACCGACAGCUGGCCAACAUGGCCGAGAUCAUCAGCCAGUUCAUCUUGCGUGGCACGAAGGGCCUCGAAGAGGACGGUAUGUGUGAGAAGCACAAGGAGGCUCUGAAACUCUACUGCAAGGAUGACCAGAAGACCAUCUGUGUGGUGUGUGAUCGGUCUCGGGACCACAGGCCUCAUGCUGUGGUGCCUGUCGAAGAAGCUUCCCUGGAAUACAAGGAUCAGAUACAGGCCCGUUUGGAUUUUUUGAAAAAAAUGAGACAAGAGCUUCUGGAAUUCAAAACCCAGGAUGACCAAAAAAGUCAAGAUCUUUUGAAAACCAUCGAGAUCGAGAGGCAGAAGGUGAUCUCUGAAUUUGAGGGGCUGCGUCAGUUCCUGAAUGAACAGGAGCAGCUCCUUCUGGGGCAGCUGGACAAGAUGGAGAAGGGCAUCAACAAAAGGCAGAACGAGAACAUCACAGAGCUCUCCAAGGAGAUCUCCCUCCUCAACAAACUCAUCUCUGACUUGGAGGAGAAGAUCCAAGAGCCAGUGCUUGAAUUCCUAAAGGAUGUGACGAGUGCCCUUGUCAGAAGUGAUGAUCUUAAGUGUCAGCUGCCCAUCCCUGUUUCUUCUGACAUGAAAGGCCACAUCUCCAAUUUCUCUCUGAAGACUGUGGUCCUCAAGGGAGUGCUGAAGAAAUUCAAAGACAAUUUGCGGGAUGAGCUGGGGAAAGGCGAAAAAGAGGACCUGCUCCUGGACCCAGAGACUGCCAACCACCUCCUUGUUCUCUCGGCCGACCUCAAGAGUGUGAGGAUGGGAUGCCGGAAGCAAGUCUUGCCCGACAACCCCAAACGCUUUGAUACCAACUCCCGAGUCCUGGCAACGGAGGGAUUCAAGACAGGGCGGCAUUACUGGGAGGUGGAGAUGGGUUCUGCGGAUGGCUGGGCCUUUGGAGUGGCCAAAGAAUCGGUGCGGAGGAAAGGGUUGACCCAGUUUUGUCCGGAAGAGGGGAUCUGGGCCUUGCAGCAACAUGGCGGCCGGUACUGGGCUGUCACUUCCCCUCAGAGGACCCCAAUUUUCCUGCCCGAGAGGCUCAACAAAAUUAGAAUCUACUUAGACUAUGAAGGGGAAGAGGUGUCUUUCUACAACGCUGAGAACAUGCAGCAUAUAUUUACAUUUAACGUCCCUUUCACUGAGAAGGUAUUUCCGCUCUUCUCAGUGUGCUCCACUGUGACCUACGUUAAAAUCUGUUCCUGA